CAUUGGUUAAAUGAUUUUAUUAUCAUUGCUCUACGUGUCAUUCUUAUUAAUGGUGUAGAUUCAUACCUUCAAGGAUAGUCUGACUAUUAAUUAGCCUUGUACAAAACAUCAGAAACCCAUAAAGAAUAACUAUUCAACCAUGUCACAAUUACAACUGCAGAUGCAAAAUUUACCAGGAUAUGGAGUUGCGAUGGAUUAUUUUAAUGAUUAUAUGGAUGAACAUUUUAAUAAAACUGAUCCAUUCCAAGAUGAAGAUGGUCAUAAAUUACAAUUACCUCGAGACACCACCAGCAAAGAGGAACAAAAACUUUGGAAAUCAAUUCAAUCCCAAGCUUGGAUUCAUGAUCAAUGUUUUAUGGGAUGUGGGAAUUCAAUUAAUGGGAUUGGAUUGGUACCAUUAAUGGUAUUGAUCUUACCUGGUUUAGGACCGAUUUUAAUGUAUAUGUUACAUGCUAAAUUGAUUUCAAUGGCGCAAAAGAAAUUAAAUAUUCCUAAUAAAUUAGUAGGUAAAAUGCAAUCUAAUAUUAUGAUUGAUUUAAUUAUAACUUUUCCUCCAUUGAUUGGUAGUUUCUUUGGUUGGUUACAUGGAUGUUCAACUAGAAAUGCAGGGUUAUUAUAUCAAUAUAUGGUAUUUGUAUCGAAACAAAGAGUAGAGGGGAAGACAGCUACGUAUGUGGCACCUGGAAGAGAAGUGGUUGAACCUGAACAUUUUGGAUAUCAUCAACCACAAACACGUCAAAUAAAUAAACCAUCUACAACUUAUAAACGAUCCCAUGAUACCAGAAGUAACAAUACUGGCACUAGAGGCAUUGUAGUUGGAGAUCAACAACAAUCUGGAUUUGUGUAGAUAAAAUAACACUUGUAUAUAAUUAAAAAUAAUGUAAUAAAAUGAAUAUGGUUUGGUUAAAAACGUAAACACACUAUAAGUUGCUCCCCCACUGACCCUCCCACGCGCUGAUUGUUUAUCAAAAGAUAAACGAAACUCAAAAAAAAAUAU